CAAAAUUUCAUUGAAAGGAGAUUAAAUUUUAUAUACAUUUUUUUUUUUAAUAAAAAUUCUUUGAAAUCAAUAAAAGUUUGCAUAAACAUUAUUUUGGUCAACUCUUUCGUGUGCAAAUUCAAAUCAUCAGAGUACCAUCUUCAGAUGCAAUUAGACAAAAUUUCAACAUUAUAAAAAUCCAACAAUUAUGUCAAAAUUUUCGACAACCUCCAAUCGCCAACUGAAUACGCGCAGCUCCGACAUCGAUGCCUUGGCCCAGCGUGGCUAUAAUAUCGGUCACAAAAUUGGUGAGGGUUCCUAUGCGACCGUAAUCACAGCCGGUUAUGCCGACGACGCUGGCCAUGGUGUACACUUGGCGUGCAAGAUAAUUGACAAAGCCAAGGCACCCUCAGAUUUCGUACAUAAAUUCUUUCCACGUGAAUUGGAAAUUUUAACAAAAAUCGAUCAUCCAAACAUCAUACAGAUCCACAGUAUACUCCAACGUGGUCCAAAGAUAUUCAUAUUCAUGCGUUAUGCUGAGAAUGGUGAUCUCUUGAGUCAUAUUAAAAAAUCGGGACCGAUUGAGGAGUUGCAAGCGAAAGCUUGGUUCAUGCAGAUGGCAAAAGCUCUAAAAUAUCUGCAUUCACACGAUAUCGCACAUCGUGAUCUCAAGUGUGAGAAUAUAUUGCUUUCGAAACGUUUAAAUAUCAAAUUGGCAGAUUUCGGUUUUGCACGCUAUUGCUGCGACGAGAGUGGACGUGAAAUCAAAUCGGAAACAUAUUGCGGUUCGGCAGCCUAUGCCGCACCCGAAGUUGUAUGCGGUCGGCCGUAUGAUCCGAAAUUGGCCGAUGCCUGGUCGCUGGGUGUUAUAUUGUUCAUAAUGUUAAAUGCGAAAAUGCCAUUCGAUGAUAGUAAUCUGAGUAAACUGCUGGACGAUCAGCGGAAUAAAAAGUUUGCAUUUCGUCGAAAACUUCAAGAUCACAUAUCGGCACAGGCCAAAGCCACUGUGGCUGUACUGUUAGAGCCGGAACCGCAUGCGCGUUGGAAUUUACGUGAGAUAUUGAAUUGCAGCUGGCUGCGUGCCGACGAGGAGGAACCGGUGGCCUAGUCCAAAAACUAUACGUAUGUUGUCGUGCUGGAUACACAUAUAUAUAUACGUACAUUAUGCAUUUUUUUGGACCGAAUGCCGUUGAAUUUUUGUAUGGGAAAAAAAGUAAUUCUCUCUCUCUAUAUACACACAUACAUAUACAUUUUUAGUUUUCGAAAUGUUGGUCAUCUGUGAAAUUUGCUCACAUUUUUGAACUGCAAGCGGCUUUUAUAACGGAUAUAAUCAUUUUUGGAUCUUUGAAAUUACAAUAUAUGCGCACUCAUACUUACUUGCAUGCACAUCAAUAUGUAAAGUGUGCGCAUUUGCCUAAUUUUUCGUUUAUACAUUCUUCAAAACAUCCCCCCCCCACUCAAACUCAACGGUAAAAUUGAUUUCAAAUAAUUGCAUUCGAAUAUGAUUUUUUCUUCAUCUUCUAUUUUUUAUACAACAAAUAUUCGCUAUUAUUAAUUAAAUUGGUCAUAAUUAAAUUUGUCUGGUCUUGGACCAGGACAAGUGCCGAGUUAGGGCCGAUUUCUCGUAUACUGUAUGACAUUGGCGCCAUCUAUGGCGUUAUCUUUAUAAAAAAAAGCUAUAAAUUCGUGUUGUGCCUUAGAGCAAUGGUAUACAUAUUUAUAUACUUCUCUUAGUUACACGUAUAUGUGCCACAAAAUAACUUAUAAAAGUUAGUAAAAAAAAUUAUUAA